AUGUUUACUGUCUUUAUACUAACUCUACUAAAAAGAUCUGUUACUGUUGUUAAAUUUAUACAGGCAUGGACGCUUCAUAAGCAAGAAAGGUCAUUGGAACUAGUUGAUGCUUAUCUACGUGAGACAGCUAAUCUAUUUGAAGUUCUACGAUUAAUCCAUGUGGGUCUUUUGUGUGUGCAACAAUGUCCAAAUGAUAGGCCGAGCAUGACUUUAGUGGUUGCAAUGUUGGGAAAUGACACUGUGUUGCCUCAGCCAAAUCAACCUGGUUUUUUCAUAGAAAGAGAUGAAUCAGUGCUGCCGAAGAAUCGCCGGUGCCCAGUGGAAUGUGGAAUCGCCGGCAGCAGCGUCUGCCUAGUACCGUCUAGGGCUCGAACAGGGUCGGAGCAGCCAUGGGGCGCGAUUGGAGGAGAUUGA